GGGUGUGGCCUGUCUAGCCUGUGUGGGCGGGGCGUAUCACAGGCUGGGCUUGCUGUGCUUGUCUGGGCUAUGUGGGCGUGGCUUGCCUUGCAGUCCGUCGGAGUCCGUCAGUUCGGGCUGGGUUAGCUUGUUACAUCGGAUUUUUUUUUCUCUAUACGGCGCUUUGUAUCCCGCAACCCGAGGCCCUUCUUUUUGUGCUCAGCGCUGCUGCUUGCACACUAAUUCGCUUCGUUCUAGCGAGAGAAGUUCUCCAGGGGCCCUCCCCGGGGCUGCCCGCCACCAUGUCCAAGCGGCUGAGGAGCCCGGAGGUGUGUGCAGACUGCAGCGUGCCGGACCCUCGCUGGGCAUCUGUUAAUAGGGGUGUCUUGGUAUGUGAUGAAUGCUGCAGUGUACACAGGAGCCUUGGUCGACACAUCUCACAAGUGAGGCAUCUUAAGCACACCUCAUGGCCUACUACUUUGUUACAGAUGGUACAAACAUUAUAUAGCAAUGGGGCUAACUCCAUAUGGGAACAUUCUUUGCUGGACCCGGCAUCUAUAAUGAGUGGAAAGCGUAAAGCCAAUCCCCAGGAUAAAGUACAUCCUAACAAAGCAGAAUUUAUUAGAGCGAAGUAUCAAAUGCUGGCAUUUGUUCACCGCUUACCCUGCCGUGAUGACGAUAGUGUUACAGCCAAAGACCUCAGUAAGCAACUUCACUCAAGUGUGAGAACUGGGAACCUGGAGACCUGUCUUAGAUUACUGUCCUUGGGGGCACAGGCAAAUUUUUUUAAUCCGGAAAAAGGUAGCACUCCUCUUCAUGUUGCAGCCAAAGCAGGUCAGAUUCUUCAGGCUGAGCUACUGGCAGUAUAUGGUGCAGAUCCUGGCACACCAGAUUCUGCUGGCAAAACUCCUAUUGACUAUGCAAGGCAAGGUGGCCACCAUGAGUUAGCUGAUCGACUUGUAGAAAUACAGCAUGAGCUCACUGACCGAUUAGCAUUUUACUUAUGUGGGAGGAAACCAGAUCAUAAAAAUGGGCAGCACUUCAUUAUACCCCAGAUGGCUGACAGACGGCUUCUUGAUGUAUCAGAACUGGCCAAAGCAGCUAAGAAGAAGCUUCAGUCUUUAAGUAAUCACUUAUUUGAAGAGCUCGCUAUGGAUGUUUACGAUGAGGUUGACAGGCGGGAAACUGAUGCAGUGUGGCUGGCCACUCAGAAUCACAGUACCCUUGUAACAGAAACCACAGUUGUACCUUUCCUUCCAGUGAAUCCAGAGUAUUCCUCCACACGAAACCAGGGAAGACAGAAACUAGCCCGUUUUAAUGCUCAUGAAUUUGCUACUUUGGUGAUAGAUAUUUUAAGUGACGCCAAACGAAGACAACAGGGAGGAUCAGUGACUGGAUCCAAAGAAAAUGUGGAGUUAGUAUUAAAAAGUAUUAGCAACCAACACAGCAAUGAGAGCCAAGAUAAUGACCAGCCAGACUAUGACAGUGUUGCAUCUGAUGAAGAAACUGAUUUGGAAACCAAGGCAAAUAAAACAAAUAGUGAAAAGAGUUUAGAAGCUGAAUUGUCUGAUGGGUCUGUCACUGUGCAAGAAUUUUUGGAGCUUAAAAAUGCCUUGGUAGCUUCAGAAUCAAAAAUACAGCAACUAAUGAAGGCUAAUAAUAACUUGAGCGAUGAGCUUCGAGUAAUGCAGAAAAAGCUGCAAACACUUCAGUGUGAGAACACCAACCUCAGGAGGCAGGCUACAACCAAUCUAUAUCAGGUCCCACCUGGAUCAGAAUACACAGACCUCUCCAACCCAUCUUCAUUAAAGAGGCGUCCUUCAGCACGAGGUAGCAGGCCCAUGUCAAUGUAUGAGACCGGAUCAGUUCAAAAACCCUAUCUCCCAAUGGGAGAAAUCACUUAUCCAGAGGAGAGUGUUAACAGACUGCAGCCAUUUCCACAACAUAUCGGGAGGAGUGCUUUUGUGACCUCCUCUUCAUCCCUGCCUUCCUUCCCCUCCACGCUUUCCUGGUCAAGAGAUGAAAGUACACGAAGGGGAUCAAAAGUAGAAAAGCAGAACAGCAUGCCAGAGAGUGAUUAUGAUAAUACCAUCCAUGACUCUGAACAUGAUGAUACAAGCGCAAGCAGGAAAGGAAGGCAAAAAAGUAUGGCAUGGCAAACCGAGGGUUCUAUCCCUGAAAUAGCAGACCCUGAUGUGGACAUUAGUGUCGUUCUACCUAGCACUGAGGAUGUGAUCAGGAAAACUGAACAAAUCACUAAAAACAUUCAGGAGCUCCUGAGAGCCGCUCAAGAGAACAAGCAUGAUAGGCCCUUUGAACGGGAAAGUGUGCGCAGGCUGAGGCAUAGCCUUGGCUGUUUUAGCACAUUGGUUCCUUGGUCAGAGAAAGCUCCCCUGCAGCCACUGACCCUCCAGCAGCCUGACUCUACCUCCUGCUACAUACCAUGCUCAGAAAGAAUACACGUUGCAGUAACAGAAAUGGCUGCCCUUUUCCCAAAGAAGCCCAAAUCUGAUAUGGUGAGGACCUCACUACGACUUCUAACAUCCAGUGCUUAUCGGCUGCAGUCAGAAUGCAAGAAGACCCUCCCCAUGGAGUCGAGUCAGACCACCGAUAUCCAGCUGGUAACGCAACAAGUCAUCCAGUGUGCUUAUGACAUUGCCAAGGCUGCAAAGCAAUUGGUCACCAUAACAACCAAAGAAAACACCAACUGAGUGUCCAGAGACUUCUUUAUUUUACACACGCGAGGAGUUAAAUCCGAAGAAAGAAAACAAUAUUUUUUUUUAAUUAGUACUUCUAUUUUCUCUUUUUUUUAUUAAAUUUAAAGUGACCGGUUCAUCUUGAAAAAAAAAAAAAUCAGUAUUAUUUUUUUGCAUGUUGGUUCUAAUGGUGACUAAUUAAUUUAUACCACUGCCUUAUUUGUAAACUUGUUUUUCUAUUAUGGAACAAAAUGCUGGCAAUUGGAAAGUAUUACGCCAAUAAGUAUUUAGUAAAUAUCUUGUAUAACAUUGUUAGAAUACAGCGUAAGAGUCCCACGGCUGUAUCAUGCACUUAUUAUAGUGUGUCAUUGCCAGUGCUGCAUUUGUAUCCCUCCAUUUGCAACUAUUUUUCUAAUCCUCUUUCUCUCUAUCUCUUGGUUUCCAUUACUAAAGGCGACUGUCAUGUUAGGUCAAAAUCAGGAUUUUAUUGCCAAGAGGGCCAUCACAUUCUCGUAACAGCGUGUGUAUGGUCCACAUGCUUACAAAGGGUUAAUAAAAAUAUUUAUUUUACUGGUGUUUCUACUA